ACAAGCUCAACCUUACCUUACCUUCCCACUUAUGUAUUCGUAGUAUGUAGGAAGCAUACCUACCUACCUUACCUUACCUCACUCACUCCCCCUCCGGCAUCCGUACACAGCAGCUUGCAGUAGCUCUUUACUCUUCCCAAUUAACCCUUUUGCUACUACAUCAUCAUCGACCUCAGCUUCCACUGGCUGCCCUUCUCCUCCCUCUUUCUCUCUUUCUCUUCUCUUCCCUUCCUUGUCCCCCUCUUCCUCUACCUCUACCUACCUUAUCCUCUCUCUCCCUGUGGUUCCCUCAUCCCUCAAUCCUAGCUUCCCUCGAGACGCCCAAAAACACCAUCACUCAAUUGAGCUUCUUGGUGACCCCAAUACAACCCAAUUGAUCACUACGAGCCGUCGUUUAAUCUUUUGGUCCCAUCUUGUCUCCAUUUAUCGGUGCGCGCAACGACUCAGUCACCACUUGCUCCGCUCACCCAUUCGCCCAGACGAAGCAAGAGAUCCCGCACCUUGCUCACUCAUCCAGCGGGCCCUUGUCCCCGAAACCCUCAGACGCGGACGCAGACGCAGCCGCCGCCGCUAUCAUUCGAGCCCAUUCAUCUGUCACUUCCGACCAGAGAAAAAGCAACAACGAACGACCUGACCAGCACCUGCUCGCACCAAGACCAAGCAAGACCAGAUCCCACAUCAGACCAGGCCGGAUACAUCCCACAUUGCCAGGUCCUGCCUUCUUACACCUUGCCUUGCCUCUUGAGUCUUGAGUCUUGUCACCUGUCCACAAGUUACGACGCAACAAGACCCCUGGUAGAAGAAGCAGUGUGCCAGCUUGAAUCAUCCAUCUGUUCGUCUCCCCGCCCUUCCCCCUCCAUUCCAGCUGUCUCCAACAAUUCCUCCUCAAAUCUGCCCUCUUUUAUUCCUCCUUUGUUGUUGUGGCUACACUAUACUACACUCACUUCUCUCACAACCUCUAUCCCUGGACCUUUGCCGCCUUGUCCCGCCCUUUGACCCUGCACUCUGUUGCUUCAUUGGUUAAGCUUCCCAUCUGCGGCGUAAACUUACACACUACUUUUUUGGAUGCAGCGUCCCAAGAAAAUAGAAAGCUCCCGAUUUUCCCGCUUUUAAGUCGGCCAGAUACCAAUUGCGAUUGCCAUUUCGUGGUCAACUGAAUUGGAACGGGUUUGCUUAACCUGCGUGCUUGCUCCCUGCUCGUAGUACCUGACUUUGAAGGACUCUCGGAACUGUACGUUUCUUCCCCUUGAAUCGAACGCUGUUAGAGCUUUCCCGCUCUUCCCUUCUAUCCCGGUUUCCCUUUUUCCCCUUGAUCGAAAAGUAUGCGCCAAACCUGGCCCCAUUGUUCCUAACGACAAUAGGCGCGGCUUUCCCACUUGUACUUGAAAGCGUACCUUAGCAGGAAAGAAGCAAAAGCACAGCUCUCAGCUUUCCCCGCGCUCCUCUUUCGGCCAAUUCACUGCUCACCUCACACCCCCCCAAAAAAAGGACACGACCAGCGCAACCGGGCUGUCCCUUGGAGCGACGAAUCACUUUGCGACCGUUCCUCCCCCAUCAUCCAACUGCAAACGUCGUGGGCCCUUGACCUGCGCUUCUACACCAUUUCCUCACGGGGCACGCAGCCCUUCUUCCUUUCCCCGACUUUCAUAUGCCUACCCUCGGGUUUCUCAAGAAAAAGCGGACGAGGGAGGGUAAUCAAGACUCUCAAGGCUCCAGUCUACCCACCAGCCCGGUAACGCCUACCUCCUCCAAGCCUUUCGACAGUUCCAUCUCGACUACCUUGUCGUCUCUCUCCUCAACCUCCCAGCCGCCUUCCCUGCCUGCACUGAAGCAGCAGGAAGAUUUGGAUUUGACCUCGCCUUCCGACGGGGCCAAGCAGCAGCAGAUGUAUCCUGUCACUGUCCACCCGCCCAACCAGUCGGGCUCUCACCAGCCGCAUUACAAUCAACAAGGUGGAUCGCAACAGAACCUCCCAAGCAUCAACAACCUAAUCAAUCCGACUCAGCAUGACGGCUCGAACAACGGACAUACCUCCAACAACAAUUACCUAGCUCAGCCGACCCAACCCUCCCAGCCGAACCCGAGCCCCGGAAGCGAUCCCGCGCGACUUCAACAGCAGCAAGCUCAGUCGAUGCUACACCCGCCCCAGCCGCCGCAACAUCAGCCGCAGCAGCAGCAACAACAGCAGCAGCAGCACGGCAUGCCACAACAGGUCUCGGACCAGCAGGUCCGUCAGACAAAGGGGAAAUAUACGUUGACCGACUUUGACAUCUUGCGAACGUUAGGAACUGGUAGUUUCGGAAGAGUGCACCUGGUGCAGUCCAAGCACAACCAGCGCUUCUAUGCCGUCAAGGUGCUGAAGAAGGCGCAGGUCGUCAAGAUGAAGCAGGUCGAACACACCAAUGACGAGAGGAAGAUGUUGGGCGAGGUCAAACACCCGUUCCUGAUCACGCUCUGGGGCACAUUCCAGGACUCCAAGAACUUGUACAUGGUGAUGGACUUUGUUGAAGGUGGUGAGCUGUUUUCGCUGUUGAGGAAGUCCGGGCGCUUCCCCAACCCUGUCGCGAAAUUCUACGCCGCCGAAGUCACGUUAGCGCUCGAGUAUAUGCACUCGAGAAACAUCAUCUACAGAGAUCUCAAGCCAGAGAACCUGCUGCUCGACCGGCAUGGACAUCUUAAGAUAACAGAUUUUGGUUUCGCCAAGCGAGUGCCGGACAAGACAUGGACGCUUUGUGGUACUCCAGACUAUCUGGCCCCCGAGGUAGUCUCGAACAAGGGCUACAACAAAUCCGUAGAUUGGUGGUCCCUGGGAAUCUUGAUAUACGAGAUGCUGUGCGGGUAUACACCGUUCUGGGACAGCGGGUCGCCAAUGAAGAUUUACGAAAAUAUCCUCAAGGGCAAGGUGAAAUACCCUGCCUAUAUCAACCCGGAUGCGCAGGACCUGUUGGAGAAGCUGAUCACAGCGGAUCUCACCAAGCGGUUGGGUAACCUGUACGCUGGUCCAAACGAUGUCAAGAACCACCCGUGGUUCACUGAGGUCACGUGGGACAGGCUGGCUCGCAAGGACAUUGAUGCGCCGUACACUCCCCCGGUCAAGGCCGGUGCCGGUGACGCCAGCCAGUUUGAUAGAUACCCCGAGGAUCCCGAACGAUACGGUUCAGCCGGACACGACGAAUAUGGCCAUCUUUUUACCGACUUCUAAUGUCUCGCCUGAGUACGAGUUGAGCUGCCAGCAAAGGUGGACUUGUGGGCCUCGGUCUACGAGCAGUGUUUGAAUAGUAUAUGGUACCUGGCAGAAGAAGCCAGAGUCUCGAUAGGGAUGUCUGCAGUGCUUUGGGCGCCCGGUCGACGGUUUGGAAAACAAAAAGGUAAGGAUAGCAACGAAGAGAGGGGGGGGGCAUUGGGUUGAAGGCUCGAACGGUCCUGGAAAGAUGGCAAAGCGCAAGAAGAGCAGAGUUGUCACCGUAUCACUUGGUUACAUCAAUACCUAACAACGAUUAUAUUCCACCUGGCCUGGAGGCGGAGCUUUCGAUUUCCAAGGUGUCGUGGUACCACCCAUGGAGGCCGCCGGAUGCAGUCCUUGGCAAAUGAGAUGGGCCUAGACGGAGAUGUCCAGGGCGUUGAGGUGGAGAUUGGUCAGAAGUGUGGAAAAGUGCAUAAGAUUUCCGGCCUACAUACAAACCUCGACGGUCGUGAUGCCUUUCGGGUAAGCAGAAGCAGGAG